AUGUUUAUUGCUUUUGGGGCUAGUAUACAAGGUUUUCUAACAGGGUGUAGGCCAUAUGUCGGUUUAGAUGGAGCUCAUCUUAAGGGUAAAUUCAAAGGGAUUAUUGUUUCAGCAAUUACAUUGGAUGGAGACAACUCAAUGUUUCCGGUUGCAUAUGGUGUGGUUGAGUCAGAAUAUGCAGAAAGUUGGAAAUGGUUCCUAGUAGCUCUCAAGGAAGCUAUAGAUUGUCCUAAUGGUUUGGUUCUAUCCAGUGAUAGGCAAAAAGGCUUAGAUAAGGCCCUUCUAGCUGUCUAUCCUACUGCUGAACAUCGUGAAUGCAUGCGUCACUUAUAUAGUAACUUCAAGAAACGAUUUCGAGGAGAUAUUUUGAAGAAACAUCUAUGGGGAGCAGCUAGGGGAUAUACAAGUUCAGCAUUUCAGUACCAUAUGGAAAGGGUGGAGAUGGCAGAUAGUAGAGUGGUUGAUUACUUAAGAGAGAAUCAUGGUCAUGUAUGGAGCCGCUCUUUAUUUGGAAUAGAUGCUAAGUGCGAACAAGAAACCAAUAAUAUCUCUGAGACUUUUAAUUCUUGGAUCAGUAAAGAAAGGAAUAGACCAGUGAUAGAUAUGAUGGAUGCCAUACGACAGAAAAUAAUGAUUAUGAUGAACAAAAGAAGAAGAGAUGGAGCAAAAUGGUCAACAAAGCUUGUACCAGGAGCAACUAAGCAUAUCAACAAUUUGACCAAGGAUCUUGAAAAUUAUAAAGUGUUGAGGUGUAGUGAUGAGCAAGUGGAGAUAGAAUGGCCGAAUUCAAGAUGUGAUGUAAGGUUGGAUGAGAGGACAUGCACAUGUAGAACAUGGCAAGUCUCCAGAUUGCCCUGUGUACAUGCAAUUGCUUUUAUAGCUAAGAUGAAACUCAAUGCUGAAGAUUAUGCAUCAUCAUACUUCACUGUGGAGAGGUAUCGAGAUGCCUAUUCAUUAAAUAUUAAGCCAUUGCCUGCCCAAGAGGAAUGGAAAAAGAGUGAUAUAGAUGUGGUGGUUUUGACCAUCAUGCAAGAACUUGGUAAGAAUACUGUUCCAGUAGCAGGUUCUAGCCAACAAUCUAGAAGCAACAUAAGAAGAAAAAAUAGUGGAUCGCAACAACAAGAGCACGAUUUUGAACAUGCGGCAGCAGCGAGAUCACAGCAGCAAAAAGGUAAGAAAAAGAAGAGAAAUAGUGGAUCGCAGCAGCGAGAGCUAGCUCAAGAUGUAGCAGCAGGGGCAGUACAGCAGCAAAAGGGCAAUACAGCAUCUUCAAGAAAGAAAAGAAGGAAAAUUAGCGGAUCGCAGCAGCGGGAGUUAGAUUCUCAAGUUGCAGCAGAAACAUCACAGCAAAAUGCGGCAAUUCUCUAUUCACAACAGGGUUCAACCAUUUUUAGCAUUGAUGCAAAUAGAUUGCUAGGUUGA